AUGUUGCGUCCAACCAAAGCCAACAGAGCACAGUCAGUCUUUUCCCUAGGACCUGACGAACCUGCAUUAGUUGAUCACGAUGGGAGGGCGCGCAGCACGUCUGGCCCUCGGUCAACGAAAUCGAGCAAAAGUGUGGCCAUGGACGAGUCAGCCACAUUGGAGGAACAAUUCCAGACAAGUGAAAGGGAACUGGAUUGGGAGACAAGUUCAGAGCACUUGGAAUACCUGGAGCAGAGAAUAGACCAGUGGCUCGCAAAGUCAGAGACGUUGACCAUCAGUCGAUCGGCUCGGUCUGCCCUUGUGGAACCAUUGAGAAGAUUCAGACCACAGACCAGUCGCAGCCGAAUAAAAACUGGGAUCACAGUUUACUUAUACCCAAGGAGAAGCGGUACGGCAGCGUCUGCUAGUCCAUUUCCACUUCAGAAAGGAAUCACUUCUGCAGCUGAUGUUACUGAGGAAUACGUGGCAGAGUAUCGGUCUAUUAAGAAUAUUUCUACUGUUGUAGAUACGUCCAUUGAAGAACCUGGGUUUCUAAAUUCAUCACAAACUAUGACCUGUGAAAAGAUCGUUAUGGAUGUGCAGCCAGACAUAGAGGAGAUGCAAGGGGCAAGCCAACCAGUGGAUAAACUGACAAGCGUUUCCGUCAGCAUUAGGGAUGCUCUAAGCAAGGUUGAACCCAUCUUCUGCGAAACAGGAUACUCAACUUGCCUAAGCCCAACACUGCGAUAUUCAUUUCGUGCAAGUGCACCUCAUUCAGUGCGUUCAAAACAGAGAAAUACGCAGAUAAGCACACCUACGGAUAAGCUGGGUAGAAAGAGUGGGAAAAAGCCCCGACGACCAUAUACUGCAGAAGAAUAUGGGGAACUUCGGCGUACUCUUCGUGACGCUGAGCUGAAAAUGAGACAUUUUCGAGCCUGCAUGAACACG